AUGUCUUGGGAUCCUAAGGACAUACUCGACGGUGCAAUGUCCAAUUUCAACGAAUUAUCUGAAAUCUUUAACUUGGAUCUCUCUUUCCAAUCCCAUCUCCAUCCUUCUCCAUCUCGUUCUCUAUCUCGGUGGAUCCCUCCAAUUGAAUGUGAACGCUUCUUUCUCCAUUUCUACCAGACCCCAUAUGAUCUGAGAGAGAAAUUCAACGACGUGGGUGGUUUUAUAGUCAAAAACAAAGCCGCCAUGCGUGAUCGAGCUCCAAAUGAAUGGUUGAACCCUGUUCUUCCAAUCUGCAAAUUCUGUCAUAAACAGGGCAGUAAUGUCAAACCAGUGAUUGCGGAGAAGAAGAGAGAGAUCAGUUGGCUGUUCUUGCUUCUGGGUCAGAUGAUUGGGUGUUGUAAUCUCACACAGUUGAAGUAUUUCUGCAAACACACCAACCAUCAUCGAUCAGGUGCCAAAGAUCGAGUUCUCUAUCUCACUUAUCUUGGACUCUGCAAACAGCUUCAACCCAAUGGCCCUUUUGAUCCUUAUUGA